UCCGACCCUUCCUCCCGCACCACAUCCGGCUUUCAAGCAUCUGCAUCCCCACACAGCACACUUCUUCGCGAGCUUGUCUCGCAUCUCAUAAAGGUGCUGUUCACUAAUCCGUGCCGGUACACUGUCACCGAUCAUGGGGUCCCCGGAUUUGUUUCUACCUGGAGCUGGACUCGGACUGUUGGACACCAAGGCGGCAGAAAGGGAGUACGGAUACGGUUCGACGGCUCCGCAUGCCAGGAGGUUACACCCAUACCAUGCUGUUGAGGCAGAGCAACGCAAUGACUUCAACUGAGGACAUGGACUUAUACUUCAGCGCCGCCUAUUCCGUCCAGAGGAUGCACUGAAUCCCUCGACUGUUGAUGCCACCGUCACUCCUUCUUCUCGCUUCUUGACGGCUCUCAUUCACUCACUCAAACAUGGCUCCCGCCGCAACAGUGCUCCCACCACUGGUGCACGACGUUGGGUUUGAUGUGCCCGCGGCCUCUGGGGCUGUCAACCUUGGGCCAAGGCAUGAAUUCGACGACGACACCAGCAUCCCAACCGUGGGCGAACUCGUCCGCAGACGGGCACUGUCUCAUCCAGACCGUGUUAUCGUCUCGUAUCCAUCUUCGGGAAUCGACUAUGUCGACUACACAAUGCGGCAGCUGGACGUGUUCGCCUACCGGGUCGCCGUGGGCUACCAGCGCUUCAUCCCAACACGGACAUCGUCGGCCGAACGACCAACCGUUGUUGCCCUCUUGGGGCCGUCGGACUUGGACUACAUCAUCACCAUGCUGGCACUCAUCAAGCUUGGUCACACCGUGUUGUUCCUCUCAACGCGUAUCUCUCCCGCGGCCAUUGAAUCCCUCAUCUCCACCACCGACGCUAAGGUCUUGCUCGCCGCUCCCGCUCACAUGGAAGUAGCAAGGGCAACACAACAAAUCACCCCAGGACUUGUUGUCGACAAGAUCGCACCCCGGUCAGUCUACGAGUUCCCCGUUGAGGUACACGCCGAUACCAGACUGGGCCAGACCUUGGAACUAUCCACAGAAACCAACAACUUUGUGUACAUCAUCCACUCGAGUGGCUCCACGGGCCUCCCCAAGCCCAUCUAUCAGACGCACAAAGCAGCAAUAGCCAACUAUGCGGUCAGCAUGGACAUGAAGGCCUUCAUCACGCUGCCGCUGUACCACAACCAUGGCAUCUGCAACUUCUUCCGAGCCGUCUACUCGGGCAAGUCGAUACACCUGUACAACGCCUCGCUGCCGCUCACACACGAGUAUCUCGUGUCCAUCAUGACAAGGCACAAGUUUGAAAUCUUUUACGGCGUUCCCUAUGCUCUAAAACUCCUGGCCGAGUCUGAUGAAGGCAUCCAAAUCCUGCGGUCGCUCAAGAUCGUCAUGUAUGGCGGAAGUGCGUGCCCCGACGAGUUAGGGAACCGGUUGGUUGAGUGCGGCGUGAACCUCGUCGGCCACUACGGAGCAACCGAGGUCGGUCAGCUGAUGACCUCGUUCCGGCCGCCCGACGACAAGGCAUGGAACUACGUCCGCGAGACCGACAAGCUCAAGCCUUACCUUGAAUGGAUUCCCCGCGGCCCGAAUUUGUUCGAGUGUGCAGUCAAGGAGGGGUGGCCAGCCAAGAUCGCGUCCAACCAGCCCGACGGCUCGUACCGCACCAAAGACCUCUUCGAGCCGCACCCGACGAUCCCAGGGGCGUGGAAAUACAUCGCGCGCAGCGACGACACGAUCGUGCUCGUCAAUGGCGAGAAGUUCAACCCCGUCCAACUCGAGGGCAACGUGCGGUCUGACCGCAACGUGGCCGAGGCCGUCGUCUUCGGCGCGGGGAGGCCCAACCUGGGUAUCCUCAUCGUACCGGCGUCCGGCCUAGCGCAUGCCACGGCUGACGAGGUGCGCGAGCUGGUGUGGCCGGCCGUGCAGCGAGCUCAGGCGGACGCCGAGGCCUACGCGCGCAUCUCAAAGGAAAUGGUCUGCGUGCUCCCCGCCGACUGCGCCUGCCCGCGCACCGACAAGGGCAGCGUCAUCCGCCAGGCCUUCUACAAAAUCUUCGCGGCCGAGAUCGACGCCGCCUACGACGCUGCUGAUAAUGGCAGUGGAGAGCUAAAGGCUAUGUCGGAGCCUGAACUCCGCGAGUUCCUUCGCGAAGCGCUGGUCCAUGUCACGGGGCGGGCGCUGGACGGCGGCGACAGUAAGGAGGCGGUCAGCGACGACACCGACUUCUUCCUCCUGGGGCUUGACUCGCUCCAGGCGCUCCAGCUACGGAGUCUGAUCCUGAGAUGUGUCGACCUGGGCGGCAAGAGCCUUGGCCAGAACGCUGUCUUUGACUUUCCGUCGAUCGACAAGCUCUGCUCACACUUGUUGGCCUUGACUGGCGGUCAGGAAGCCAGUAGUCAAGGCGCGGUCGAGGACGAGAUGCGUGUACUCAUUGAGAAGAUGGGCAACUUUCCCCGGGGCCCCAAGCAAUCAGUGGUUGUGACAGGUGCUACGGGCUCAUUGGGUGCACAUAUCGUUUCAUGUCUGCUGAGGGAUCCGUCCGUCGGCACCGUCUACUGCUUGGUGCGGGCGGCGAGCAACGAAGAGGCAUCGCGAAGACUGAAGGAGUCUCUGCUGCAGCGACGGCUCUACCACACCGUACCCGCGUCCUCGGCGCGGCGAGUUGUGGCCCUGAGGAGCGACCUGUCACAACCGAUACUGGGCCUCGAUGCCAUGACCUAUCAAACUGUGGCGGAGAAGCUUAGGGCGGUGAUCCACUGCGCCUGGUCCGUCAACUUCAACCUCCACCUCUCCAGCUUCGAAAAGACAAACCUCGCCGGAGUCGUCAACCUCAUCGCCCUGACUCGGGCGGGCCAGAACGCCACGUUCAAUUUUUGCUCCUCGGUCAGCGCCACGGCUCGCUGCCCUCUGCCGGCAGUGCCCGAGACGAUCCCCGAGCUGGAGUGGGCCCAAGGCAUGGGCUACGCGCAAUCCAAGUCUGUGGCCGAGCACCUGUGUGCGCGAGCGGCCCAGCAGGCAGGCGUCCGGACGCGGGUCCUGCGCGUCGGCCAAAUCAUGGCCGACACGAAGCACGGCGUGUGGAACCACACCGAAGCCAUCCCGCUCAUGAUCCAGAGCGCCAUGACUGUCGGCGCCCUGCCAAAACUCCAGGAGACUCCUUCCUGGCUGCCCGUCGACACAGUCGGCCAGGCCGUGGCAGAGAUCGCCCUCUCCGACGCCGGCAGCAUUGUGGCCAACGUAACCAACCCUAGCACGUUCCACUGGACCGAGGACCUUCUUCCCGCGCUCAAGGCAGCCGGUCUCGAAUUUGACGUUGUCGAGCCCAAGGAAUGGGUGCGGCGGUUGAGGGCGUCGAACCCGGACCCGCAAGCGAACCCACCCAUCAAACUGGUGGACUUCUUCGCUUCCAAGUACGACCGCGACGAGUUUGCCCCAUCCAAAGCCUUCGUCACCGACGUCGCACGCAGCCUCUCCCCCGCGCUGGCCGCCGCGCCCGUGCUGAACCAGGACCUCGUCGCCAAGUUCGUCAACUUCUUCCGUACGAGGGUGUGGGCAGUUAGACCCACAACAACAACAGCCGCCCCCGCAUGUACCGUUAUCGUCAUGGCCGGGCCCUGCGGAAGCGGCAAGUCGACUAUCGGGCAGGCCGUAGCAACAUGGCUUGAUGCGCCUUUCAUCGAAGGCGACUCGCUGCAUGGGCGGGACGCCAUCGCGCGCAUGGCGGCGGGCGCGCCGCUCACGGACGAAGACCGCGCCGCGUGGCUGCAGCGGACGGCGCGCCACGCGGCCGAGACGGUCGCCGACAUGGGAUACCCAGCCGUCGUGCUCAGCUGUUCGGCGCUGCGCCGCAAGUACCGGAACGUGCUCCGCGAGGGGAUUGCACAGGCCGUCGGCGAGGAUAUUGUGGUGCGGGUUGUGUUUGUCGAUCUGCAGGCUGCGCCGGAAGUGCUUGAGGAGAGAAUGCGCCUGCGCCGGGGGCAUUACAUGGCGCCGGAGAUGGUGCCGGGCCAGGUGGCUGCCCACGAGCAUGCCGAAGACGACGAGGUGGAUGUUCUCCCGGUGGACUGCGAGGGGCCGAUUGAGACUGUGGUGGAGGAAGUCAAGUGGCUGAUCGGUUGGGUUGCUCCAAGUUGUGUGCCAGCCAGUGCUUGACACACGUUCGCGAAAAACCCGGCCGUUUGAGGGGUUGGGGCAGUUCCAGCUACUAUCAUGAAUAGUUUUACUACGUUAUGUAUGCUUGUUACGCCAGAAUACAGGGUUUCUCACCGAUG